AUGGGGUGCAACGACACCAUCGAGGGCAUCGAGAAGUCGCAGCACGUCGCGGCGAGAGCGGCCACUGAGGUCGAGAACCAGCCGUGCCUGUGGCUGCGAGGCCUACUACUAGCGAGCUGGACGGCGGUCAGCGGCCCGCCCGAGCCUGGGACAGAGCUGUUCGAGAGCUUCGGUGACUUGCAGGUCCUGUCUAGCGACGCGGUGAACAUGACGGACGGUUGGCUCAUCGCGGCUGGUGAUGCGUCAGGCGGCGAGUACACGACGGACCCAAGGCUGAGGAGGGUGUCUUGGGGCUGGGUGGUCUUCAGCAGUGUGGACCCAACCGAGGCGAAGGUGGUCGCAGGCAGCCGUGGCGCUCUUGCGGGUUGGAGGCAGAGCGUCAACCGCGGGGAGCUGAUGGCGCUGAAGGACGUGAUCAUCGCAGCUGGAGGGUACUACGACAAGAUCAGGUACACCGCCGACUCGUCGUACGUUGUCAGAGGCAUGGGCAAGCUUCGAGGAGGGAGGAUGCCCAAGACGCACGUCGACCUGUGGAAGGAGGUCAAGCAGGGCAUCAUCGGCAAGCAGGUCGAGAUCAUCAAGGUGGAGAGCCACAUGUCGUCCCAGGAGGCGCUGGACGCAAAGGACAACCCGAUCGACUGGCUCGGGAGUGUCUUGGCGGACGACUUCGUGGACGACAUUGCGGAGUCGGUGCCGGUGCCGCGCGCGCAGGCGCGGUCCGUGGGCUUCGCGGAGGGCGUCGCAGGGCUCGUCAGGGACCGCGCCUACCUGACGCUCAUGGCCUCCAUCGAGGCGGAGCCGUCGCAGGUCCCGAGCUUGAAGGUCAGGCAGGAGGCCCACGUCAAGGCGCGUAGGCGUGCAGCGCUGCUGGAGGGCACUAAGCACAACAUCUCCCACGACGUGAGUGGCAAGCACUACAGGUGCCUGAGGUGCGGGUCCCGCGCACUGAUGUCCUCAGCGGACGCAUGGCUGGCAGGCGAGUGCAUCGCCGUGCAGAAGGCGGACGCCGUCCACGGUUCGCUGAGGAGCAGGCCGAGGAUCGCGAACCAGGAGGCCCACGAGAGCCACAUCGUGCUGUACGUGGAGGAGCUCGGCCUGCACUACUGCAAGAAGUGCGGCUGCAUCGCGAGAGAGAGCAUGAGGAAGCUCGUGCAGGUCUGCGAGGAGACCCCAGGCCAGAUGGGGAAGCAGAACCUCUCGAGGAUCGCGAAGGGCCUGCAGCCAAACACCAGCGCGAUGGCGCUGGAGUACAACAAGAAGAAGAGCGGAUGGAGCUGA